AUUACAGGUGUAUGUUUCAUUCAGCGUUAUCAUCGAUCACAGCGUGUCACGUGUCGCAUGUCGCUUCCCGUAACUACGACAACAUCAAUAUCUAAUAUGGCGACUUUAUUUUUAAUGUACCAAUUGUAUUAGGUGAACAUGCAUCUAUUUUGAAAUAACUAACGUGUGUAUUCAGCAUUUCGAAAGUUAAAUCUUUAAAAACUGGUUUUUCGCCUUUCAGAAGAAUUAAGUUUUGGAUUUAACACUGGCGAAUGUUUACACGUGGUAUGUAUAUUGUAGGUGGAAAUUGAGGCUUUUAUUUCACGGAGUUUUAAACUGCAAACAAAAUUAUUCCUAUGUACAAAGCCGAGGGGUAAACACCGAACUCGAUCGUCAUGGGUGAUUCGCAAUCACAAUACAAAUAGCUAAAACCAGCACCGUGUCUUGUCAUCGAGUUAUGGAGUAGAUAAUUGCUUGGAUUCUUAUCACUGUGUGCGUUGCUUUGUUUUUGUAAAGAUCUCGGUGUUGAUUUUAUGUAAAAAAGCAGAGGUAGAAAGUGAAAGGAGUAAUUGAUUACACGUAGAAAUGCCGGAGCAACGGGUCUACGCUUCUCGUCAGAUCAUGAAAAGAACACUUCCACCGACACCCAGUGAAACGGAGACAGAAACGGAUACAGAGACAGUGACGUCAUACUGCAGCACGUGCACGCAGACGACAGCAAGUACCAACAUCAUUGAUGACCGGAAUAGGGUCAUACAUCGAAGGGUGGUGAAAAAUCCUCGGAUUUUACGCACAGUCAUAGAAAGACCCCCGCGGGACAAUUUGAAAGGCUCAAGUAAAGGGUAUGUGAAACCUAUAGAAAACUCAGCGGAAACGAAAGAGUACCUACUCAAGAAACAUUUGUCAGAUUCGGCUAAAUAUUACAGUAACGGAAUGGAAUACUCUAAUUAUGAGAAUGUGAAUAUAGUAAGAAAACCUGGACGGAGACCUGGGUCUGCUUCAUCUAUCCGUGGUGUUCGGACCGUCCGAACUGUUGCGAGCGCUACUAACCCGUCUGUCCAGCGACGAGUCAUUGUGCGCAAUGCCGAUGGUGUUCACGGGACAUUCGAUGAUGGAUACGUUGCAAGACAUGUGAUACGUCACGUUGAGAGAGACGAACCCAAGAAAGUGGUGGUUGUGCGGCGCCCGGUGGUAUCAGCGGAGCGCGAGGGCAGGGUAGUGAGGCGGAUUAUCACUAGAAGCCGACCAAGUUCAUAUAACGGACGAGAGGGAAAUGAACCAAUUAUAAUUCGUCGGGAAAGACCAAGUUCUUACCAUGCUGGGAUGGCGGAUGAAUAUGAACCGGUACAACAAGACGAGACAUCCGUAACCGAAGAGGAAAGAGAAAAAGUAGUCCGCGAAUAUCGUCUGCAAAACAACGAGUCUAGAGCGGUAAAACAGCUUGAAGGAGAUCGUUGGGUAGAUGAGUACGAAGUUCCAGAUAAAGAAGUCCGAAAUGUCGGAGUGCAGAUGACGACAAACUACGUUGUGCCUAAACCACCGGAAAAAGAGAGUCGUACAAUAGGUACACAAACCAAAGUAAAGAAAGAAAAACCACCGCCCCGGGAGCCAACGCCACCUUUACCCCGUAUCCCCACCCCACCUCCCCCUAAACCCAAGAAGACGAAAAUCAAACCGCCACCACCGAAAAUACAGACACCGGAACCAGAACCGGUCCCUGUAAAACCGAAACUUCCGCCUCCUCUGCCGGUUAUAUACAGGAAGAAAGCCCAGCAUCAAUACGUGCGUGUUGGGGGUGGAUGGAUGAAAAUUGACCAUUAUCGAAACCACCACGUGCCUUUGAAAAUUAGCGAGCACAGGAGACAGGCUGCAAAUAACAAAUUCCUGUCCAUCAAAUAUCGAUAUACCAAGGACAAGAGAAAGACACCAGUAGCAUGGGCAAAAUACAGGUCUAGAGUAGCAAACGAAUCAUGAUGACGAGGAUCCACAUCGCCCUCGGCCCCGGUGCUCGGGCGAUUACACGGACGACGAAAGAAAUCGUAUAUAUUCGAGUUUUAGUUUGCGCUUAGGGUACGUAUAGGAAUUAGACAUUUUCCCUCCUAACAAUCUCCAAUCUUGUACUCUAUCCAGACACCCCGACCGAGCUACACUGUACAUGUACAAUGUGUACGUGCACAGCGAAAACUGGAGCAGAGAGUGCGCGUUUUGUAUACUAUAUGAAAAUGAGAUUUGUAACGGGACAAUCAAUUAACACAUUUUUUAAGAUGUUGAAAUCCACGUAGAAGGUCAAAGUAAUAAGUACAAUUUUCGAAUGUAGUCGUUAUUAAUCAAUAGCAUCUGUUAUAUAGUGUUUCAUCUGUCAAAGUGUUCCAUGUCGCAAUUACUGCGGUACAAAGUGUUCCAUGUCGCAAUUACUGCGGUACAAAGUGAACCAUGUCGCAAUUCCUGCGGUACAAAGUGAGAAAUGUCGGAAUAUCUAUGUAGUGUGGUAAGGACUUGACAUCUAUACGCGUAGUGAUGGCAGUGUACAAAAUGUUCAUGUGUAUGGAUGGAUAUAUAUGGAUCUAGAUGUGAUAAAGCUGAAGACAAUCAAUUGACUAUCCAAACAUUGGGUGAACACGUGGGUAAUGCGAACUGCACGUGUAUCGUACUGAAGACGUCACAAAAGGAUAACUCGAGAUGAACUGUUUUUCGAGAUCUGAUGAGGACUUUUUUUCCCCAUUUUCUGUGAUAUAUUUGUUCGUAAUUGACUGAGAGUAUUUCGCUAUUUAAGAUAGGUGUAUUAUGGGAGCCCUGCUCGGUAGAGUAUGUAAUCAUUUCACUUCUAGUCAACAGAAUAAUUGACAGUAGCUAUUUAUUAUACAUUCUGAGUUUCCCCCCAACUUUUAACAUGUACAUGAUAUUAUAGUUAUUUUUUAUUUGUCAUUAAAAGUGUUAUCUUAA